CAUUCGUGUAAAAACUUUAUAAGCAAGCAGUCUAUUUCACUGAGUUAUUAAAUAAUAUAUAUAAAUGGAAAACUACAUGUACAGUGAUGUUGAACACCUCGGAGAAGAUCUUGAAUGUUUACUCCAAGUUAGUAAGGAGCCGGUUGAAUUCGACCCGAUGUGCGACAAGGAGAAUCCUCAAAAGAUUUCCUUUGAAGAUGUCUCAGCGGCUGCCUUUAGGAUACAAAGUGGGAUCAUAAAAACUCCAUGCGUGAAAUCUCACAUGUCCUUAGAGUAUGGAAUGGACAUUUACCUUAAAAAUGACUUUCUUCAGCAUACAGGAAGCUUUAAGGAGCGGGGAGCUCGCAACGCAUUGGUCCUCCUUCCCUCCGAAGCGAGGCAGCGCGGGGUCAUCUCCGCAUCCCUCGGCAACCACUCGCAAGCCCUCAGCUACCACGCGAAUCUCCUCAACAUCCCCGCCACAGUCGUUAUGCCGAACGUUGCCCCCAUUAUGAAGAUCCAGAAAUGCCGCUCGUUCGGGGCUAACGUAGUCAUACAUGGACAUGAUAUGAGGGAAGCGAAGCAUGAAGCUAUGGUUUUGGCUAAGGAGAGGAAUCUCACUUACAUCAAUGGAUACGAUCACCCCCACAUCAUGGCUGGACAAGGAACUGUGGGUCUGGAGAUAGUAGAGCAAGUGCCUGACGUCGACGCUGUGUUGGUACCCGUGGGAGGCGGCGGGCUGCUGGCAGGCACAGCCACCGCCAUCAAGCAUCUGAAGCCUCACGUUCUUAUUUACGGCGUGGAAUCGGAAAAGUGCGCAAGUAUGACGGAGGCGCUAAACAAUGGACAACCGGAGAGUGUACAUAUUCACUCAACGCUGGCCGACGGGCUCGCCGUGCCCACCGUGGGCUACAAUGCUUACCACACUUCCAAGUCGCUGGUCGACAAAGUGAUAUCCCUGCCCGAGGACUGGAUCGCUCGCGCCAUCUUGCGCCUUGUGGAGCAGGAGAAGUUCGUGGUGGAAGGCGGCGGCGCGGUCGGGAUCGCGGCCAUCAUGGCCGGGCUGGUGCCCGAGCUCGCUGGAAAAAAAGUGGUCUGCAUCUUAUCCGGGGGCAACAUCGACACCACAAUCCUAGGCCGGUGCCUGGAGCGGGGUCUGGCGGCGGAGUCCCGCCUGGUCAAGUUCAAGGUCACGGUCAGCGACCGGCCUGGGGGCAUCGCCGAGCUGUGCAAGCUCAUAUCCUCGACUGGUGUCUCUAUUAAGGACAUCAUGCAGGAGAGGGCGUGGGUGUGCGGGGACAUCUUCAGUGUGAGAGUAAAAGUAGUUUGCGAGACUCGAGGCCCCGAGCACACGGAGGAGCUGCGCAGUCUAAUCGCGCGCACCUACCGCGAAUGGGUGUUCACGCGCGAGACCGGGGACUACUGCCACACGCCGCUCAAGAAUUACGACUCCCUUGACAACGUCUCGCACUAAUUUACGAGGCAAGGGAGAAUGGAACUUUUGUGACUUCUCUUUAUUAGUUUAGGGAA